AUGUAUUACGACAACCGUUGUCCGGCACUGAUUGAGUAUCGAAAAGCGUUGGUGUUUCAUUUAAUUGAAAAAAAUCUCCUACCUAAUCAAUGUCAAAUUCCACGAGUUUUUCGAUCGAGAAUGAAUCAAGUACAAUCAGUAGUCCAAUCUGUAUCUGCUGUUAAAAAUUUGCCCACAUUUCAAGCAAAUAAUAACACAAAUUCCAACCCAUCUGCUCCUAGAAGCCAGUACACAUCUGCUCUACCAGGUGCUGUUCCUCCCAUGAAUUAUGCUUCUGCAACAAGUAAUUUUGCGCUUUUGCCAUUACCUCUUGCUGCUGCUCCUGCUGUUCGUUCAGUUUCAUCCAAUUUUGUUUCACCUGACUCUUUUAAUAUGUUAUUGCAAAAACUAAACAAUUUACACAUAGAAAAUAGUAAACUACUAGUAUCAAUUAGUCAACAAAUAAAAACAAUGAAUAUGUCGGGCCAAUGUGUAGAAAGGAAACUGGAUCAAAUAACACAAGUAGUAAACAGUAUUAUUAUAAGUAGGCAUGCAACAGUACCAGUUCUUUACUGGUAA